AUGAAUACAACCUUUCUUAUACUGUGUGUCAAGUGGAUCAGAAAACAAAAUACAAAAAUCUUUACAUCAUCAAUUGACAGUGUUCGUCAAUGGAAAAAUGAAGUCGAAUGUCCUUUUGAAAUCUAUUGUGAUCGUGAUCGUCGUCUCUACCAUUAUUUUGGAUUUCCUGGCAAAGCUUACGCUCGGGUGUGGAAUGUUCAAACUUUAGAUUAUUAUGUUGAACAAAAAUUAAAUGGAAAAAAAUUACCAACGGCGCUAGAUAAGAACGAUGAUCCAAAUCAGAUGGGUGGCAAUGUUAUUAUCGACCAAAGUGGUCGAGUUAUUUGGGUUUACAAAAGUAAAUCACCUACAGAUCGACCAAGUGUUAGACAGUUGCAAUGUAUCUUAGAACGCUAG